GAAAAGAUGGCCAGCUUUGUGGUUAUAUUGUACAGGGAACAAAACAUUAAAUACAUAGGCCUUUAAAUGGUGUCCUCAUAUGUUAUGUAAUGGUAGAACUGACGAGGUCUGUCAACUCAUUCCAUUCCAAAAGUCCAUUUUUCUUUGGCUCAAGUCUCUUUAUAUUCAUAAAGCCUAGGGGGCUAUGUAGCUUCUUAUCUAUCGUGUUUGGAGUUGUGUUGCGCUGUUAUGUGAACAUUUUAAAUGUUUCUUUACAGUUGAGUUGCCCUUGUUGUGUCAGUAUAGUAGGAUACUAGGAUAGGGCUGUAACUGUACAGGUAUACCUACCAAAACGUUUUGCACGGGACCCUGGUUUGGUCUGCACUGUGAACCUGAAUGAAUACAAUUUUUUUUAUUUUUUAUGUAAACACUAGGCCUAUAGGCUAUGCUUACACUGGGUUGUAUGCCAUUGUCCCGUGAGUAAAGCUGUAAAAACAUUGUAGGUUAUUCUGUUAUCAUUUUGGAAUCGCAGUCACUUUACAACAGCGAUGGACGGAGUUGGAAUUCAAAUUAUGGAAUUAAAAGUGUAUGGUACAACAACCAAGAGCCAAAAGGUAGGCUGCUAUUUCAUAAUCUGAACGGUGUUAUUUGUAACUGUAGGACAGGAAGAAAGCACAUGCAGUGUAGCUAGCUAUCCACAGCUGGCAGCACACAAGUAAUCAUCAAUUCGGAGUGCAGCUGUGCGGCCAAGAUCGUAAUGUCUGUGGUAAAUUUGGGCUUACUUUGGAUAUCCCUAUGGGGCUAGUUAGGGACCAUAGGUAAAUUAUUCCCUUACAUGGUAAAAUAUGUUAAAUACAAUAGCUCCAAAUGUCAAUGACUUAACCUCAAACCAACUGUAAAUUGUAUAAAUGCCUUUGCAAAUAUUGAAAGCAUUAAUAAGAACUAAAAGGUGUGCAACAUGAAAAUAUUGUCUCCUUUAUAUUGUGUAAUUUAUUGACGAUCCCUAACUAACCCCGGAGAUGGGCUAUUCAAAGUCAGGUUGCACACCAGCCAGCUGAAGCUAAUUGGUGAACUAAUUUGGCUAACUUUUCCCACCUGCGAACACACACACACACACAUGGAACCACACUCUGAAACUAACUCAUGGAUGAGUUCAGUCAUGGCUGCUAGCAGUUCUUAAUGAACCAAACCUGAAAUGAGGCCAAAUCAGGGAGGGCAGUCACCCUUUAAAUCUAUCUGAUGACAUGUUGCACCUCUUCCUUUCAGAGGCCAGUGGAGCACUUUGAACGGCAGCAGCUAGGGGCACAUGGUAGGGAAGAGGAGGAUUUAGGUGAGCUAGACACAGGCCCAAAACAAGUUAAGCUACCUCAGUACCCCCUUGGCCAUUCUGGAUUGCAAAACUAAAGAGACCCAGCAGACAAGACACCGAGAUAGAUGGCAACAGAGGAGUAGAUGAGGCACAAAACACAGAGACAGCAACACAACAAUAGGAUAUGAUGAAGAGACACCAGAAGAGGAUAGACAAAGAGACUGUAACAAACAAGAACCUGAGACAGCAACACAACAAUAGGAUAUGAUGCAGAGACACCAGAAGAGGAAAGACAAAGAGACUGUAACAAACAAGAACCUGAGACAGCAACACAACAAUAGGAUAUGAUGAAGAGACACCAGAAGAGGAAAGACAAAGAGACUGUAACAAACAAGAACCUGAGACAGCAACACAACAAUAGGAUAUGAUGCAGAGACACCAGAAGAGGAAAGACAAAAGAGACUGUAACAAACAAGAACCUGAGACAGCAACACAACAAUAGGAUAUGAUGCAGAGACACCAGAAGAGGAAAGACAAAGAGACUGUAACAAACAAGAACCUGAGACAGCAACACAACAAUAGGAUAUGAUGAAGAGACACCAGAAGAGGAAAGACAAAGAGACUGUAACAAACAAGAACCUGAGACAGCAACACAACAAUAGGAUAUGAUGCAGAGACACCAGAAGAGGAAAGACAAAAGAGACUGUAACAAACAAGAACCUGAGACAGCAACACAACAAUAGGAUAUGAUGCAGAGACACCAGAAGAGGAAAGACAAAGAGACUGUAACAAACAAGAACCUGAAACAGCAACAGACGAGGCAACAGAGAAAGUGACAGAGUAGAUGGAGAGUGAACAGAGGCUAUGAGCCGGCCUGUGACACUAAGACACCAACAAUCACGGACAGAACAGAGAGUUCAAGGGUUUUAUCCAAAGAAAUAAGAGCACCAACCGUCAGGGCUCCAGAGUCCUCUUCCUACUCAGAAAGAGCAACAAGACUGGUGGACAAAAAAUAACACUGAGUCAUGUCUGACUCGGAGACCAUCGAGCUAGCCGCUCUGGGCCGACCCUUCCAGCUGGGGAUGCUGUAUGACUGUCGUAGAGAUGUCCUCAUUCCAGGUAUCACUCUCUGGGAUUCUGAGAUGCUGCAGAAACACAUCGAUAUCUGUAAACAACAGAACACUGAAUUCAAAAUAAUUUCUUCAGACUCAAGUGAAGCCAAGUCAGAAGCUUUGAAUGUGUCUGCAUCUCUUGAGGCCAGUUUUCUUGGUGGCUUAGUCAGUGUGAAGGGUUCUGCUGAAUUCCUACAUGACAAAAAGAUUUCAAAGCGUCAGUCUAGGGUUUCUCUGCAGUACCGUACCACCACUCGCUUUGAGCAGUUGACCAUGGACCACCUGGGGCCAGGAAAUGUGAAAUACUGUAAUGUCUUACAAGAGGGCUCUGCAACCCAUGUGGUGACUGCCCUGCUUUACGGAGCGCAGGCUUUCUUCGUUUUUGACCAAGAGGUUUCCUCAGGAGAAAACCAUCAGGACAUCCAUGGAAACCUGCAGGCUACAAUAAAAAAGAUCCCUCUCAUGUCAAUAGAAGGGAAGGGAAAUUUGAAGAUGAGUGAGGAAGAGCAGAGAGAGACCAAUAAAUUCAACUGCACCUUCCAUGGUGAUUUUGCACUAGAAAACAACCCUGUCACAUUUGAAGAUGCCAUCAAGGUGUAUGCUGGCCUGCCACAUCUGCUUGGGAAUAACGGAGAACAUGCUGUGCCCAUGACUGUCUGGCUCUAUCCUCUCAAGAAUCUGGACUCUGCAGCUGCCCAGCUUGUCAGGCAGAUCAGUGUUAGCCUGGUGCGUCGAGCACAGCGAAUCUUGGACGGACUGGACAAUACUGAUGUACAAUGCCAGGACAUGGUGAAGGAAGACAUGGCUAUCAAGUUCCCUGAAUUCAAAGCCAAGCUUAACAAGUUCAGGGACUUGUGCUCAGAGUACAAGCUGGUGUUCCAGAAAGGUCUCUGUAAGGUUCUUCCCAACAUAAGAGGAGGAGGAAUGGAGGAGGAAGAGCUGAUCAAAAUGCUCAACAGCAAAGAACGAUCUCCAUUCCAGAAUGACCUCAUGAUCACGUACCUGGACGACAGAGAGAGAGAGAUGAAUGUUGUCAGCUCUUACCUUGACAUAAUGAAAGAGGUACAAGUUGUGUACUCAAGCAGUGAAUUGGAUGGAUUAGUGCUUGAUAAAGCUAAUGAUUAUGUUGUGUGUUUUGCAUUAUCCUAUUUGAAGGAGAAAGAAGAGUAUGUGGUAGUCCUGGAGAACUACUUGCUGGAAGAUUCAAAAAGUGAUUUUUCACUGAUACCUUACAACCCCAAAACAGCCAGAAAGUCUGUAGCAGAAAAGUGGUUUCACUCGGGGGAGGUAACGUCCCUAACCAGGCAAACCGUAAAUCUGUUCCUAGACUUCAAAGAGUCAAACGAAGGCAGGAAAAAUCUUGCAUUCUGCAUUGCAUCAAUUCCAAACAAACUCCUCACUGCAUCCUCCAUCCAUGUCUAUGAAAGAGGAACACUUUUGACUCCACAGUUUGAGCUGCCAUCAAAGCCAGGUGUUCCCACCAUCAAGAGUCUGGGGCAUGACUGUGUCCACUUGCAAGUCAACCCUCCCAACCUUGGUGUUACCUCUGUGGAGUCGUACCAGGUGUUGUACCAGGCUGAGCAGGCUGAUUCUGAGUGGAUCGAGGUCAGAUCUGAUGCUACUAAACAGGUCACCAUCAUUCAUUUGGACUCGUACAAAAAGUACCGCUUUAGCUGCAAGGCGGUGUGUAGACCUGGUGUGAGCCUCUCCAGUGACUGGACCGAAUACGUCAGGACCCGCCCAUGUAGCCCCCCUGGAUCACCCACAGAGAAGAGGAUAGAAUCGGAAAGUAUCAGAGUGAACUGGGACAUUCCUACCAUAGUGGGAGAUGAUGUUGAAGUCAUUGGUUAUGUGGUUGAAUACAGAAAGAGUGUAAAGGCUAUAGACAAUCAGAUGUGGCACACCAUCAAAACCACCACUAGAGAGAGUACACUGGAAGGACUAGAGGCUGACACUGCAUACAGCAUCAGAGUCUCUGCUAACUGUGGCGAAACAGGGAAUAGUCUUCCCAGUCCUGAGACUGUGCUGACCACCCUUAGGGUCUCUGAUACCCAACCGAAGACGAGUAAAUCAACAGGAGCAAAAAGUGAGGAAUUCCUAAAAAUAUCCCAGAAGGUGGAAAACGGCAACCCCUCAAUCCACUGGCUGAAUCUGGAAAAGAAGUUUGGUGUAAAGGAAAGUUUUGACCAGUACACUUUUGGGAGGAAAGUUGAGCAAGGGAAUAACAAGGUGAUAUUGCUUCUGGGGGCCACAGGUGCAGGAAAAACAACUCUGGUCAAUGUCAUGAUAAACUACAUCCUCGGGGUAAAGUGGGAAGACUAUUAUCGCUUUAAGCUCAUCCAUGAGGUGACCAACAAGUCACAGGCUGAGAGUCAGACUGUGGUUGUGACAUCAUAUGAGCUCUACAACCAGCCAGGCUUUCAGAUUCCUUAUUCUCUGACCAUCAUUGACACACCAGGGUUCGGAGACACCAGAGGAAUUGCUCAAGAUAAAAUGCUCACCCAGAUGAUGAAGAAUUUCUUGUGUCAUCCUUUAGGGAUUGAUCACAUUGAUGCAGUCUGCUUUGUAGUGCAGGCAUCACUUGUUCGUCUCAGUCCUUCUCAGAGAUACAUCUUUGAUUCCAUCCUGUCCAUCUUUGGAAAGGAUGUUGCUGAGAACAUCCUGAUGCUUGUGACAUUUGUUGAUGGGAAGCACAUACCGGUGCUAGAGGCCAUCAAAGCUGCAAAUCUGCCCUGUAAGAAAAACAAGAAGGGGCUACCAACCCAUUUCAAAUUCAACAGUUCAAUUCUGUUCUUAAAGGAGACAGAGAGCAGCUCUGAAGAGGAUGAUACUGAUGAUGAUCAUAAGGCCCAGUCUCCAGAGCAAUGGAGGUCAACUUUCAAGGAGAUUAAGAAAUUUUUCCAAGAACUUGAAAGCAUUGAGAGCAAAGAUCUGACCCUGACAAAGAACGUUCUGAAAGAACGUGAGCUUCUGGAGAAGACCAUGACACGCCUGACCCCUCAGAUCACAGCAGGUCUGUCAAAGCUAAGUGAGAUCAAAUGCUUCAAACAGUGUCUGGAGAACGAGGACGAGAACAUGAAACAGAACAAACAUUUUGAGACUGAGGUAAAUGUGCUGCAGGUGAAGAGAAGCAAAUUAUCCCAGGACUUUGCGACAAACUGCAAGAUAUGCAAUUUCACAUGUCACACCUGCUGCUUCCUCCCAAAUGAGGAUGACAUCAAAAGUUGUGCUGUAAUGGAUGAUGAUGGCAACUGUACCAUAUGUCCAGAAAAAUGCUCUUCCAAUGACCACGACAGGGAAAAAGUAUUGUUGACAUAUGAAACAAAGACUGAGAAAAAGACUAUCCAAGAACUGAAGGACAACUUCAUGAAGGCGUGGGGCAAAUCUAUGGAAACCAAGGACAUGCUGGAUAAGCUUGAGGUUGAGUUUCAUAUGAUUGAGGACGCGCUGAUGAAUUUGAUCAAGCAGUCUUCUGACUGUCUCAAGAGACUUAAUGAUGUUGCCCUGAAACCAAGCUCUCUCUCCACUGUGGAGUACAUUGAGAUACUCAUUCUCACAGAGGAGGACGAACACAAGCCAGGCUUCGAGGAUCGGAUCGUAGGGUUGAAGAAAAUGAAGGCAGAGUCUGAGAUUCUGGAUAAGAUUGCAAAAAGAGAAGCUUUACUCCCAAAUGAGAGAGAAUUCAUGAAGGAUAGAGUGCAGGAGGUUCCAACAUAAGUCAGGGAUGUUGUCCUGAUAACAUUAUCUGGAAACAAAAUUGGGUCUCCAUUUGAACAUUAAACUGCCCAAUAUUGCAGGAAUGUUUGUGUUUACUGGGAAGAUCUAACUGAGAUCUGGGGUUCAUUGGAUUUGUAUUAAAACUCUUAGCCUCGUGUAAAUCCAUAUGUUAACUGAACAAAAAUUAGGGCCUAAUUUAGAUCUAGAUUAAAUCAGAGCUACAUAGCAAAUCAUUGUUUUAGGCAAUGUCAGAGGUGCAGGGCCGGCCUUCCAUUUAGGCAAGAUUGUGGUGGCAAUUGGCUGCCGCCCUCCAGCGCCCCUGAUCGGCUACAACACCGCCAGCAGCACCCCAGCCACCAGCUCAUAGCGUUGCUGCAGUUCCCGUCCCCACCCCAUUCCCCCUUCUCCCGAAGUGCAGUCCCACUAUCCUUGGUAGCUACGUUGAUGUGUGUGUUUUUAUUUGGGAUAAUCCAAUUGUGAAACAUUAAUAAAAAGGAAUCUGCCAAUUAAA